ACAUGUCCCGUCAGGUACGGUCAUAAGACAGAUGGAUCUUUCCUAGACCUCUGAUCUAAUUACACCGCCUUAUCAUGCUGUUUGUCGAGUUGCGAGAUGGGUUGAUAUUUUUGUCUCCCUAGGAUCAAGGCAUUCCUGUCCUCGUGAACUUGGAUUUCUAUAGACCCUCCAAUGGCUGUUGAGAAGGUGUUCAAUGCCGCCGUUUUCCCUGUGGUAAAAUCAGAGGCCAUGUGUGGAAACCACACGCCAUUUAUCCUGCAUCGAAGGAUGACAUUGAUCAUGUCACUGCGCGCGUAUCAAGUACGGCAUCGUGAAUUCACGCCAGGGUCGCUGGAAGUACCCACUACCACCUAUUUUGCAAGGUUCGCGCCCUCUCGAGGGCUCUUGGCACUGAUUCGCGGCGGCCAGUUCACGCAUGAGAGACCCACGGAAAGUCAUGUCGUAUGCGCUUCGCCUGAUUGUCGUUCCCGACUUCUAAGCGAGGGAUGGGAGAGGUGCCUUGCUACUUAUCUGUAUGUUUUUUUAGGGCAAUCUUUGGGUGUGUUUUUGCAAUACUGUUAUUCCUCAUUGUUUUUUGGCGUGAUCAUCCCCCUUUCCAUUCUCGAUAGCUGUGCGAUACCAAUAAGGGUUGUACGUACGAUGCGGUGCAUUUCUCCGCACAAAUGAAUCAAAGUCAGACAUGAAGGCUAAAGUGACGCCACCAACCGUUCCUGCACUUACAUCAUUGUCCUUCUGAAUCGAGCACUGAGUGGAGUUCCUGGAGCGCCUUGAAUGGGAUAACGGGGGCAAUGCGUAGCCAUCCCAACGAGGCGGUGGCCGUUUUCAGGAGCUAUUGCACCCUCACGUGCGCGUAUACCGCCUGCCCCUCCCAAAAUGUGAUAAAGUUAAGGCGCUUGGGGUCGUAACGAAGGAGUCAAUGGAUUGAAGGAGGUGCGCAAAUGGUG